AUGGACUUUUUUUUCUGCUUCUCUCAUUUUCCUUGUAUCUUUCUUUAUUCCUCGCACCCUUUUUUCCUGUUUGUCUCUUCCACACUAUUUUUCUCUUUCUAUCUCAUUUCUACUCAAACUUACAUUAUUUAUAUUCGGCUCCGUUUCAUUCAAGCGCACCCUUAUCCCUCUUGUCUCUUAUUUUCUUUUUAUCCCUCUCACUUUUAUCUCUCUCUCUCUCUCCCCUCUCUCUCUCUCUCUCUCUCUCUCUCUCUCUCUCUCUCUCACCUUUUCCGUUGUUCUUUUAUUCCUUCAUCAUUUUCCUUCAUGCAGCGCUUAUUUUAUUUUCAUUCCUUUCCCUUUUCGUUUGUUUCCGUCCGAAUGAGUUUUACUUUCUCUCUGCCUCUUAAGGAAGACGUUAAGAUAUUAUUGCCUUUCCUUGCUUUAUUUUACUUUCACCAUCGUUUUGCUUUCUUUCGACUCGUCUUUCUUCAUUAUCUUUUUUUGUUUAUUUUCUUCUUUUUGUUUUCUAUUCAGAAAACACUAUCCUUUCCUUUCUUGUUUCUUUUGUUUUAUCCUGUCUUUAUAAAUGUCUUUCUUAUAUUCUUAUUUUCCAUUUUUUUCUUUCAAUUUUGGCUGCUCUUUUUUUCUUUCAUUCUAUCUUUUAUUCUGUCUUUAUUUUCUUUACGUUUUUCUUUUUUCUUUAAUCUUCUCCUUUUUAUUAUUCUUUUGGGAUAUUCUUCUUCAUUUUUUUUUUUUUUCUUUAUUUAUGCAUUCUUUUUUAUGUCUUUCUUUCUCUCUUUCUUCUUUCUUCCCUCUCCGCUUUAUUUUUACUCUUGGUGUCUUUCCGAUUUUUAUUUCCUUUUUGUUCUUUGCUUAGUAUGA